AUGCCAGUUAUCGGCAUUUCUCUCCUCUCGAGCUGUCACUCUGACAGCUCAGCACUGAUGAUCAGUGUGCCCUGAUGAUCAGUGUAGCCCCAGCAGUGCCACUGUGUCCAUCAGUGCCUUAUGUCAGUGCUCAUAAGUGCCUACCAGUGCACAUCAAUGCCACAUAUCAGUGCCCAUCUGCGCUGCCUUUCAGUGCCACCUAUCACUGCCGCCUGUCAGUGCUGCCUAUCAGUGCCAUGUAUCGGUGCUGCCUUUCAGUGCCCAUCAGUGAUGCCUGUCAAUGCCCAUCAAUGCCACCUACCAGUGCCUCCUUACCAGUGCCACCUAUCAGUGUCCAUCAGUGCAGCCUAUCGGUGCCCAUCAGUGCAGCCUCAUUAGCGCACAUCAGUGAAGGAGAAAAAUCACUUAUUUACAAAAUUUUAUAA